UCACUCGCCCUCAGUCACAUGCCUAUAGGUUCCGGUCAUGUGAUUUGCGCCGUGAUAAAAUGACCGGUGUACACAGCCAGCAGAAUUCAGCAGUGGUCUUGUUGUUCAUUCAUUUAUGUUUCUCUAGUAGUUAUCAACUGACUGAGUUACAGGUGGGCCUGUGCCAUCUGUGCAACGGGACAGUCCAAAACGGCACUGCUGUUAGCCAGUUGUGUUCCGCGGCUGCGGGUUUGAUUGAUGGCCGCUGCUGCCUGCUGCGGAAAGAAACCACCAGGGAUGCUGACUACGUCAUCGGGUUGGACCUAUCAAACUGUUCCCUAAGCCAUGUUGAAGACCUCCAAGAUGCCUUCAGCGCUACAACAAUAGAUCUCUCACUGAACCCCAUUGUAAAUCUGGACGAUUCACUGUUUGAAGGCUUUAUUCAGUUAACUAACCUGAUUCUGCCUGCCAACCUGGUCUGUCCAGGAGGCAAUGCAUCAUGGGAUAAGGUGAAGGUCAAAGGGGAAACUAAUUUUUGUGAAGGACAGAAAGACAUCUGUAACCAGACUGGUUAUUUGUCGUUGAACUGCCCUGAGAACUCCCUCUGUGUACCAUACGGUCCGGGCUUCUUUCAAUGUAGCUGUGUGGAUGACUUCCGUGGAUACAAGUGUCGCCGAGAGGGAGAGUUUCCUAUAAUCCAGGUGUUCGGCCCUCUAGCGGGCUCCACGGUCCUCGUCUCCAUCCUGCUAUGGGUCACCCAAAGACGCAAGGCCACAUCAGUCUGAGGUUGUGCCCAAGGUCUGAGGCCUUGUCCUAGGACAUUUUCAAGUCGUACUGACCUGAAAUGGCAGGGGAAAUGCUGAGUGGACUGUUGAUUGAAAUGGUAUCAGGGGUUAAUGUUAUAAUGCUGACAGUGGACUGUUGAUUGAAAUGGUAUCAGGGGUUAAUGUUAUAAUGCUGACAGUGGACUGUUGAUAGAGGAGAUGGUAUCAGGGAUUAAUGUUAUAAUGCUGACAGUGGACUUAUGAUUGAAAUGGUAUCAGGGGUUAAUGUUAUAAUGCUGACAGUGGACUGUUGAUUGAAAUGGUAUCAGGGGUUAAUGUUAUAAUGCUGACAGUGGACUUUUGAUUGAAAUGGUAUCAGGGGUUAAUGUUAUAAUGCUGACAGUGGACUGUUGAUAGAGGAGAUGAUCUCUAGGCCCAUAUGACAUGUUUUAAGACUAAACUUUGAAAGGCACGCUGUCAAAAUUGACAGUGCGGAUGCUCGGUGUGUAAUCGCCACAAAUUUUAUAAACGUUGUACAGCUAGCAGCCAUUUAUCUCGAUCAACAUGGCAUCAUGUUCAACAUAAGCUGGAACUCAAUUUAUGUUCCAAUCAUGGUUAAUUAAGACUAACACUCGGCAUCUACUUUGCAUGUGAAUAAGUCAAUUGUAGUAGGAGCUAUAAUUUGCAAUAUUAUAAUUGUUUGGGAAAACUGACAAGAUAUCGAUUUGAUAAAUCACAUUUAGGGCGACAUGAGCAAAAACGCAUUGCUUGCAGACAGUACUGCUAAUGUUGACUUGUUCAUACAUGGUUACAGAUCAAUUGAUGUUUAUAAACUGAAAUGGGUUGCCUUUUUGUAUUUUACCUUGUAUUAAAAAAAAAGAUGUCAUACACGGA